UCCCCGAGGUUUGGAAGAACGUAGAAAUCUACUCAACUAAUGGCGGCGGCGGCGGCGGCGGCGGCGGCAACGGCAUCGGCAGCGAGGAGAGGUGGUGGUGGGUUGUGGGAGGGGCUAUAUCGCGUUCUGAUGCGCCGCAAUUCCGUCUAUGUCACGUUCAUUGUCGCUGGAGCCUUUGUCGGAGAACGGGUCGUUGACUAUGGUGUUCACAGGCUUUGGGAAUACAAUAAUGUUGGGAAGAGAUACGAAGAUAUUCCAGUAUUGGGACAAAGGCAGUCAGAAUGAUAUCCAUACUGAAUCAAUUCUUUUUCAAAUACGCAGAAGUUUGUAUUCCAACCUUUUUCAAAUAAGCUUGUCUUCGUAUGUAUAAGUCAAUUUCCAGAAUACUCUGGAUAACUUUGUUAUUGAAACAGUUUAUCUAUUUUUUUUUUUUCUCUUUUCCUUUUUUCAUGUUUUUCUUGUUUGACAAAGUGACGGUUACGUUCCUCAAAUGAAGUGAUUCGUAUUAGAAUUAGUGUUUCAUCACUGGUUUUUAAGGAGUUUCCAUGGACAUGCGAUAUUUGCAUGGAUCUUUGCUCUAAUAAAUCUUGGGAUUAAUUUUCA